CGAUCACUCUUAACAUUGUCUGUUUUAGCAUUUUCUUUUUAUUAUUAAUUUCUCUCUUUUUAUCAGGGAACUGAUGCAGUUGAAGGCCUUCAAUUAAAGGCAAAUGAGUUUGACUCGCAGAUCACUAAAGGAUUUUUUGGUAUGCCUAAUCUAAGAUUACUCAAAGUUAAAAGUCCAGAAUCUGGCAUCACUUUAUAUUGGGAACAAUCUCUUCAAGAGCGGGGUAUUUGUUUCGAAAACUUAGUAUGGUUUAAUUGGAAAGCAUUCCCCUAUGAAUCUAUACCAAGUAAUUUUCAUUUGGGGAACCUUGUUAUUCUUGACAUGCAAGAGAGCAAACUCAAAAAAGUUUGGUUGGAAACCAAGAAUCUCACAAAGUUGGAGGAUCUCAAUCUUAGUUAUUCUCGCAACCUAUCCUAUAUGCCGGAUUUCUCAGGGCUCCUGAAUCUUGUAAACUUGAAUCUAAGCCAAUGCAGCAGCCUCAAGAUUCUUCCAAACAGUCUUUCUUGCUGCUCAAAACUCGAAACUCUGAACGUAUGGAAUUGCCAGAAACUCGAAUCACUCCCAAUGCUUCCAUCAAAUUUGCGUUCUCUUGAUGCAUCCUAUUGCAAGAUAUUGAAAAGUUUACCAAAUCUGUCAAACUUGGAGCACCUAAUGAUGCUAGAUCUUUCAUAUUGUGAAAAGCUAACAAAAGUUGAUGGCUUGGAGGGUUUGAAGUCGGCAGAAACUAUAAAAUUAUGUAACUGCGUCAAACUGAAAAGUGAUAUCAAAAAGAAAAUCUCUCAGCACAUAUCUAAAGACCUUGAAAAUCAUAAGACCUGUGACAUCUUUUUUGGUGGGAAUGAGGUUCCGGUGUGGUUUGAGUUUCGAAGUGAGUCACAUUCAUUAUCUUGUCAGGUCACUGAACCUCUUAAAAUGGAGAUGCAAGGGUUGAUUUUAUGCAUUGUUUGUUCGGACGGCCGAGGAGAAGAAGGAUGGUUGUUACAGAACUUCAAAUUUGUUAAAGCAGUGGUUGAAGUUUCUAAUGAAUCAAAGAAUUUUACAUGGAGGCACGAAAGUGUAAUUUCACUUGACUAUGUAGAAACGACUACUUGGAUGAUCAAGAUACCGAUUUGUGUUUGGAAAGCUGAACAUGGAGAUACUAUCAAAAUUUCAGCCAAGAGAACCAUUUGCGUCGAUUAUAUGCCUGGGAGGGUCAUCAAACUUGGGGUGAAGAAAAUUGGGGUCCAUUUCAUCUAUGCUGCUGCAUCACAAGAAGGUGAGGAGGUGUCCGAAGAAAAUUCCAGAGCAUCCUUAAGCAUUUAAUGUUUUGGAUUCCUUCGAUCA